UAAACAAGCCCUGCCCGUCGCCACCCUGCAGAGAUUUGAUCAGAGAUUUUGCUAGUAAUGGCCGAAGCACCGACGACGGGUGGCGAGGUCCUGACUCCAAACGAUGCCGUCAAAGUACUGGAGGAGCUACUACCAGCACAGAACCAGUCCUUCGAACUGGGCCUGAAGCUGAAUCUAGAGCCACAUCAAGUUGAGGGCAUCCAUUCAACAUACUCCGAGCCAGCAAAGCGCCUCCUCCGAGUCGUCAUGAUGUUCCUGAACCAAGUAGAGCCCAGACCAACCUGGAGAGUCAUUGUAGAUGCCCUCAAAAGUCCUGUAGUCAAUCUUCGUCAGCUAGCAGUGGCUGUGGAGGCAGCUCACUUUCUUGACACUACACCAGCACUCGCACCUGAAGCCAGUGUCUCUUCCUCUCAGAGUCCGGCCAUCUCCUCUCAACCAGGCCUCCCCUCUCCUCUCCAUGGUUCUGGAGCCUCACCACUCACUGAAGUGGACUAUCAACCAGACCUACCACAACCAACAACUGGGGAUACAGUGACUGAACUCCAGCAUCGACCAGAGUCACCUCAGCCUAGUCCAAUGACCACUGAGUAUGUCCAGGCCAAGAUUAGAAGGUUUGAGAAGAGGUUCAAUGACCUGAAGAAGGCUGCCAGGGGGUGCCUCGAGAAACGCAAGAUUUCAGUCAAGCAAGUAGUUGACGCUCUUACGUCAAUGUCUCCAGAUGAUAACGAUGAACAUAGACAGUUUCUGAAACAAAAUCUAAGUGAUCUCUAUCAGUCAACAGAUAUCCCGGAGCUGAUCGGAAAGCUGAGUGUCCUUCACUGGGACUAUCUGUCCUACCAGUUGCUGGACUACCUCAUCAAGGAGUUUGGUUUGGACGUGGGGAGGGAGACGGAGGCCUACAAGCUCGAUCUGCAGAGGUUCCGCCAGAAGACACCACUAGCUCUGUUCUGCCAGUGUCAGAAGAGGAGGAGAAGGAAGCCGUCUGAGGAAUUCAAGGAAAUCGUCACCGAGUUUGACUGGCCGCACGAAGUUACACUGGAAGUUGUGGAGCAGUUUCGACAAGAGUUUGCAUAUCACUACAAGCUUCGAGACUGUGCCAUGCUGUUGGCUAAAGUCCUUCCCGGUUCCUUCAUCAUCACCUGGUUCAUACCAGAGUCCAUUGUCAAGAAACUGAGAGAAGACAUCCCUCACCGCAUCCUCAAGAAGUAUACUGCCGUUAGCCUUCAAAUUGCA